CAGAUUAAAGGGUGGUCACAUGACCAUUUAAAACAAUCCUGUUAAUCCCACACUCCCCUCCGCUCCCUAUUGCAUUAGGAGCCCAGGGAGACACACACGUUGGAGAAGAGCCAUGGCACAGGAGCUGUCUGAUCCCAAAGAACACAUGCUCUCGUUGAUCAGUGAAAUGUGGUAAAAAUCCUGCUGUCAGUGUGGGUGUGCAAUUGCUGCUCUGCAAGGGAUCUGUUGAUAAAGACACCUGAUUACAUCUUCCACUGGAUUCUAUUGGAAGAAAGAGGGCAGGUUGUUUUUUUUUUGUUAAAAGAAAAUACAAUUUUAUCAGUUAAAAAUGGCGAUAAAUUCAGCAGAUGCAGAAAAGUUUUUGGACAACAACCCAGCAUUCGCCAAGGAAUAUUUCGAUUCCAAGUUCCGCCCGGGAAUGAUCCGGAACCUGCUAGGGAUGAAGGAGGCGGCGGUGGACUUCAGCAGCUUCCAUGACGUGAGCAUCGUGGAGGAGAGCGAGAUCCUCUUCGACCUGAUCCGAGACCUGCAGGAGAACCUCCAGAUGGAACGCUCCAUCUUCAACCUGAUGCAGAAGCUCAGCUUCCUGCUGCGCUCCGAUUGCAUGAGCCUCUUCCUGUACCGCAUGCGGAACGGCACGGCUGAGCUGGCCACCCGCCUCUUCAACGUGCACAAGGACGCCCUGCUGGAGGAGUGCCUGGUGCAGCCCGACAGCGAGAUUGUCUUCCCCCUGGACACGGGCAUCGUGGGCCACGUGGCCACCACAAAGAAGACCGUCAACGUGGCCGAUGUCACCCAGGACAGCCACUUCAGUGAUUUCGUGGACCAGCUGACGGAGUACACCACCAAAAGCAUACUGGCUACGCCCAUACUAAACGGGAAGGACGUGGUGGGGGUCCUCAUGGCCAUCAACAAAAUAGGAGCGCCACACUUCAAUAAGCAGGACGAGGAGGUUUUAAUGAAGUACCUCAAUUUUGCCAAUUUGAUCCUGAGAGUUUUCCAUCUCAGCUACCUUCACAACUGUGAGACCAGGAGGGGGCAGAUGUUGCUGUGGUCGGCUAGCAAGGUGUUCGAGGAGAUGACUGACAUCGAGCGGCAGUUCCACAAAGCCCUCUACACGGUGCGUGCCUUCCUCAACUGUGACCGCUACUCCGUGGGGCUCCUGGACAUGACCAAGACCAAGGAGUUCUUUGACCUGUGGCCAGUCCUGAUGGGGGAGGUCCUUCCUUAUGAUGGACCUAAGACUCCAGAUGGAAGGGAAGUCAUCUUCUACAAAAUUAUUGAUUACAUUUUACACGGGAAAGAAGAUAUUAAAGUCAUACCAUCACCCCCAGCUGACCACUGGGCUCUGGUCAGCGGACUGCCUACCUAUGUGGCAGAGACAGCCCUGAUUUGCAACAUCAUGAAUGCCGGCGCUGACGACUUCUUCCAGUUCCAGGUAAGUCCCCUUGACGACUCAGGCUGGACGAUCAAGAACGUUCUGUCCAUGCCCAUCGUCAACAAGAAGGAAGAGAUCGUGGGAGUGGCCACCUUCUACAACAGGAAGGACGGGAAGCCCUUUGACGAAAUGGACGAAACCCUUAUGGAGUCCCUGACUCAGUUCCUGGGGUGGUCGGUGCUCAACACGGACACGUACGACAGGAUGAACAAGCUGGAGAACAGGAAAGACAUCUUCCAGGACAUGGUCAACUACCACGUCAAGUGCAGGAAAGACGAAAUUCAGAACAUCCUGAAAACCAACGAGGUGUAUGGCAAAGAGCCGCAGGAUUGCGAUGAAGACGAGCUGGCUCAGAUCCUGAUAAAAGAGCUCCCAAGUGCCAAGGAGUCAGAGAUCUAUGAGUUCCACUUCUGUGAUUUUGAGCAUUCCCAAAUCGAUCUGGUCAAGUGUGGUAUCCAGAUGUACUAUGAGCUGGGGGUGGUGAAGAAGUUUCAGAUUCCUCAGGAAGUGCUCGUUCGCUUCAUGUACUCUGUCAGCAAGGGCUACCGGCAGAUCACCUACCACAACUGGAGGCAUGGCUUCAACGUGGGGCAGACCAUGUUCACACUGCUCAUGACUGGCGACCUGAAGCGCUAUUACACUGAUCUGGAGGCCAUGGCUAUGGUAACAGCUGCUUUCUGCCAUGAUAUCGACCACCGAGGGACCAACAACCUGUACCAGAUGAAGUCUGGGAAUCCAUUGGCAAAGCUCCACGGAUCCUCCAUUUUAGAGAGACACCAUCUUGAGUUUGGCAAGACCUUGCUAAACGAUGAAAGUCUAAACAUCUACGUGAACCUGAACAGAAGGCAGCACGACCACGUCAUACACUUAAUGGACAUCGCCAUCAUUGCAACCGACCUGGCCCUCUAUUUCAAGAAGAGGACAAUGUUCCAAAAGAUCGUGGACCUGUCCAAAACCUACGAGGACUGGAGCGCAUGGACCAACUUCAUGAUGCUGGAGACAACUAGGAAAGAGAUAAUCAUGGCCAUGAUGAUGACUGCCUGUGACCUGUCGGCUAUCGCUAAACCCUGGGAGAUACAGAGCCAGGUGGCCCUCAAUGUCGCCGCGGAGUUCUGGGAGCAGGGAGACCUGGAGCGGACAGUGCUGGAGCAGAAUCCCAUUCCCAUGAUGGACAGGAACAAAUCAGCCGAUCUUCCCAAACUGCAGUGUGGUUUCAUCGACUUCGUCUGCACCUUCGUGUACAAGGAGUUCUCUCGCUUCCACGAGCAGAUCAUGCCCAUGUUUGACAGGAUCCAGAACAACAGGAAGGAGUGGAAGGCUCUGCAGGACAUACACGAAGCCAAGGUAGCGGCCAUCGAGGAGGAGAAGAAGAAGAAAGAGGAGGCAGCCUCUUCAACAGCCAUGGCCCAGCAGGCCCCUCCGCCAGCUUCCCAAGCCAAGACCUGCAUUGUCAGCUAAACAGGAAGUGCAGAGGCAUGGCCACUUCCUCUGGAGGCUGACACAUGGCUGGGUUUUUCCAAGCAGGCAACGCCUGGAAACCAUUACCAAAGAUCCAUGUAUAAAUAUAAAUAUAUUUCUAUAAUAAUCUAGAUAUAUACCUGAUGAAAUUCAUUUGGACCCAUUCAGGUUUAUUUUUGUUUUCAAUAAAUAAUCAAUACAUAUGAAGAUCUAGAAUAUAGCCACACACUGUCCUCACAAAGUGGUGCUCAGGAAGAAAUCAAGUGAACUCCUGUUGCUUUGCAUUUUUUUUGUAGUGGAUUUGGAAUGUAGAGAAUUGUUUGUGUAUCUAUCGGAAGGCGGUAUACCAGAUUGAGAAAGUGUUUGACGUUCAUUAAACCAGGAUGCGAUUUUAAAAAAAUGUUUACAGAAUGUAGUUACUCUAGCAUGCACUAGACCAGAAGAGCGUGCUUGCAUAGCCAAGACUGCUGGUAUGCUUGCACUAGAAUACAUAUCAGUGCUGGAAACUAUGCGGCUCUACUGGAGCAUUCCUCAGUGAUACAUUGUUGGGUGAAUUUCAAUCGAAUAAUGCUGCUGAUAUUAGUCCCACACAUAUCAUUCUCUUCCAGUAUUCCUGUCCCCCAAUAUAGGAAGCUUGUAAUUUUACUCAGUCUUCUGAGAGGGUUUGCCCUUUGACUUGUUACCCUAGUAACACAAUUCUUUACCUGCUUCAUUAUGCGAGUCUCACAAUGAAAGCCUUCCCUACAUUGUACUAUUGUUCUCCAGCUACUGUAGAGCUGAGACCCUCUGGCAUGGGUUUGUUAGAGAAACAUGUAUCUUUCUGAGGCUGCCUAUAAUUCCAUAGAACACAGAGAGCAUUGCACAGUAUGUGUGGUACAUAUUAGUUACUUUUGUAUUUCUGGGGUUGGUAAACCACUAGAUGUAUAUGAGGGUCAAAAUUAAAUUAAUAAACUGAGGUUCAGGAGGAUGGAUGGCGUCUACACACAUUACAUCAUCUGAUUCUGGCCUAUAUGAAUAGACUGGUAACUUACCCUUCUAUUCUGCUUGAUUCACUCACAAUCUAACCCGAACCCCAUCCCUAACCCUAUAGCUAUCUCUAACCAUAUGGCUAUCCUUAAUGAUAUCAUUAUCCAUAACCCUAUCGCUAUCCCUCACCCUAUCCCUAACCCUAUCGCAUUCACUAACCCUAUCGCUAUCCCUAACCCUAUCCCUAACCCUAUAGCUAUCUCUGACCCUAUCACUAUCCCUAACUCUGUUGCUAUCCUUAAUGAUAUCAUUAUCCCUAACCCUAUCGCUAUCCCUAACCCUAUCGCUAUCCCUCACCCUAUCCCUAACCCUAUCGCAAUCCCUAACCCUAUCACUAUCCAUAACCCUAUCGCUAUCCCUAUCGCUAUCCCUCACCCUAUCGCUAUCCCUAACCCUAUCGCUAUCCAUAACCCUAUCGCUAUCCCUAUCGCUAUCCCUCACCCUAUCCCUAACCCUAUCGCUAUCCAUAACCCUAUCGCUAUCCCUAUCGCUAUCCCUCACCCUAUCCCUAACCCUAUCGCUAUCCCUAAUCCUAUCGCUAUCCCUCACCCUCUCCCUAACCCUAUCGCUAUUCCUAACCCUAUCACUAUCCAUAACCCUAUCGCUAUCCCUAUUGCUAUCCCUAACCCUAUCGCUAUCCAUAACCCUAUCCCUAACCUGAACCCUAUCCCUAACCCUAUCGCAAUGCCUAACCCUAUUGCUAUCCAUAACCCUAUCCCUAACCCUAUCGCAAGCCUAACCCUAUCGCUAACCCUAUCCCUAUCCCUAACCCUAUCCCUAACCCUAUCCCUAACCCUAUCGCUAUCUCUAUCGCUAUCCCUAUCGCUAUAUAAAGACUAGAACUUUUUUUAUCCAUCCCCAUGCGGUUGCCAUGCAUGAAAAGGUUUAAACACAUGUACAUAUUUUGCCAGGACUCAACUGCCACAGUGCAACUGAUUUCAAAGGAGCCUCUCUUUUGCUCAACCUGUCUUGUGCAAACUGCAUGGGGUCGAGUGUGCUUAACAGAGGAUUUGAAGUCUGCAACGACUGGCUGGUCUGAAACAGAGCCGCUGCCUGCCUGCCUGCCUGCAGUGCUUGUUACAAGAUUGUCUUGUUGUAAAUGUAGACUGUAUGAUCAGCUACUGUACACAAUAUGGAACAAUACAAUAAUAAAAAGGCAUGGUUUGAGAAGCUGUCUC